GGAGGGGGGAGGAACUGAUAACUAAUUAUCUGUGCUCCAGCCCUAAAUCAAUGUAUGCCUUUUAAAUAUCACACCACAAUGAUAUGUUAGCAGAAAGCAAAAAUCAGCACUCAAUAUUUGGUCAGAUCACCAAAUUGUAAAUUUGCCCUUAACUUGACCAGUGGCAUAAAUGCAAGUGUCAUUUGUCAAAAACAUUUUAUUUCAUCCAUUUUAAUGAUUGAGGAACUUGCUUAACUGUGUUAACAAGCAAAAAAAAAACUUGAUUAGUCUUGCCCAUAAAGAUAUUCAUGUGCAGUGACACUUAUGGUGCAUAAGCCAACAUAGGCAACAUACCAUAAGAGAAACAGUGCACAUGCAUCUGUCGGCACUGUAUUUCUCUUUCGUCGAUGCUGAGCAUCAUUGCAACCUUUGCUGACAAUAUCACAUUAUGACGGUUCUAAAAUUCUACUGCUUGAAUCGCAAUAUAACAGUAAUGACAGUUCUUAUAUAGCAGGUGACCAGUCUUCUGUUUUCGUCACAUCCAUUGCCUCAGAUUACAUGAAUGCGUACGGUACCAUCCGUCAGUUCGGUCAAACGCCAGAUCCCAUUAUGCAGCUUAUUUUUCAGCAUCACAGAAUUGCAGGAAAAUGUAAUUGUGUGGACUGAAUGUUUGCAAUGCCAGAGUUUGUUCACUAUAGAUGCCAGGAAUUCAUUUUUGCUGUUCUAAAUCAUAAUUUCAGAAGACUAUAGAUGGGCACUGGACUAAAUCAAAAUGAAGAAGUAAAUACAGUUGAAAUACAUAAAGUAAUUUCUCUGUGCAAUUGCAAAAUUUGGUGCAGUUUUGGUUUCAUCACAUGGCGACUCCUAUCUUGACAAGGUAUAAAUCUGUCAAUGGUGUGGCAGACCUGUUCACAAUUACAUGCACUUUGUGGAAACAGAAGACAACAAUUGUGGCUUUUAGAAAUAAAUAGUCACAGCUGAGGUUUAAUUUAGGAAACCAGACAUUUGUUUCCUUGAACUGUACCAUGGCUGAGUCACAAUUCUUGUGUCACAUUUUUGUCACGCUAUCUAUCAGAUAAAUAGGUCCAUGGGAUAAAAAAAUACAUACAUUCAUGACACUGACAAACUUGUUUGCAUGAAAUCAUUAAUUUUGUUUUUAACGAAGACCACAGACCUUUCCAUGAGAAAGCCACCAGACUUCUGCAAAACCACAGUGAAUAUUAUUGGUUUGGUCCUUUAUUUUGUGGAAUAAUUUAUAUUUAUAAAUGUGGCUUUGUGGUUUUCUGGAAGCUUUUUAUAUUCCCAGUAUGCUAAUCAUUAGUAUACCACCAUAUUUCAUUAAAUGGCCCAUCCAGUUAAAAAAACUAUAUCGCUGCUGCUUUCUGUGUAACUUCUAAAGCUCCUGCCUUUAUAGAGGUUACUCAGCCAGGGCAACAUACAAGAAUAUUCUCAAAUAGCAGGCUGCACAUUGUAAAGCAAAAAUCAGCUUGUCAAAAAAUAUCUUCUCCCGCAUUUGUUCUGGGAAGGAUCGCUGACAUGUCCCGUUGUUGUUGUCUCAUCGCUGGAGCACUGUCUGUUCUGCUACAGUUGAAGUCCUGUCAAGCUGACAUCUAAAAUUACCCAUUUGCAAUCGUCUCAGCGAUUCUUCACAAUUGUCUGCCAUUUUGCCGAUUUUAUCCAUCAAAUAUCAUCCCAUUGUGCGAUGACGUACGGGCUAGACAGUGGAAUUCUUUGAAAUGUUAAUUUAGUUGCAUCGGGGUAGCAGAGAGCCCAUGACCUUUGAAUGCAUGCUGAAUUAAUCAGCUGACGUUGUGUGGUCAUUUUACCUCACCAUUUGAAAGCACAAAAGUUUAUCUCACUUAACUUCUACAAAAACAUUUAUGUUUAACCUGGCAUACCUUCACAUGAAACAUAUAUAUAUUUUUUAUAGAUUCAUCUUUUUUCUUUCUUCUAUAAUAUUUAUCUGCCACAGCCUUUUACAAAAUUAUACCCCUCAAUUUUGGGUUCCCUUUUUAAAAAAUGCUUAUUAACACUCUAAUGGGACGAAACAUUGAAUCAAAAUGAGAGUGAUUCUCAAACUGCUGACAUUCCUCAAUGUGUCAAUGCACUUAAUCAUUCAUCUCUCACUACACACUGUCGUCAUUAGCAGUCCUGGAAUAACCAAUAAAGAACGUGUUAUAAUUUAGAGAUUGUGGAGGGGUCAGUCCAUUAUUCUUGAUGCCAUGUGCCGGAAACAGUCUGUCCAUGAUUCUAAAUUUCCAUUUAGACUGUAUCUCCUAUUCACAGAUGUAUUACAUUAAGUUCUGACGUACCAAAAUAUGUUAGGGAAAAAGAGGCAAUCUAUUACGCUGUGACUUCCCAAAACCCAUGGUUUCAGUGGCCCACUUUUGUGAUUUUUUAGUGCUAAGCAAACUUGGCCAGGCCCACAGAGAGACUGGGCCAAGAAUGUGUCAACAGUUCAGUGCACAGAAAUUUCAUAAGCAUGUCAUUUAGGAUAGAUGUCGGGAAGUUGGAUAAUAAAGAGCCACACACCAUCUCAUUUACACUACUUAACAAUCAGCUAAAUGGGGCUUUUUUUCAUGAAUUCAUAUGGGUAGUAAUAAUGUGUUGAAGAGAAGGCAGUGUACGCACAUCCAACUGGCGUGACCAGUUGCUAGGCAAAAGAAUGAGACAAUGAGAAAGUAAUUUGCCCGUCAGCAGGUGUCCUUUAUUUCCUCAUAGUAAUAAUGUGUUGACAGUUUCAGUCAUGUUUGAGUUAAAAGCAGCAUUGUUUUGCGUUCAAAAAAACUGAAAUAAAUACGGCUGAAUAUAAUUAACCAACAGCAUUGCAUUUGAUUUAUUAAUGUUAUUCCAGCAAUGCCAAACAGCUGUUUUCCUCAUUUAUGUUUUGCAUAGAAAUUGGCAGUUCAAAUGUUAGGGCUGUUUAAUUGGCCACAGCUACCAACGUUAGACAAAAUACAGCUACAUCGAAUAUGCUGUGAAUAACAUAAUGGGUAAUGCAAUUUACUGUGUGAUGGUCUUACUUCGGUGCAAAACCUUCUAAGACAUGCCAUUAUCAAAAUCGCUGUCUUAUUUUUUCUUGCAGUCAAUCUUACUGUGAAUAUCUUUAGAAUAUGUCUUGUGCAUGCUAGGAUAACAUAUAAUUAAAAUUCCUCAGGGUCUUCUUCCACUCUGUGAAAAUAAAUGCUGUAAGUCACUAAGGUGUGAUGAGCUGGAAGUACAUCAGACAUUACAGACUGGCCUCAAUCCAGCACGGUGCUGGAAUGUAUUCAAUGAAUAUCUGUCUUACUGGCCCAGCACAUCACCAUGUUUUAUGGAAUCUGGCCGUAGGUUUUCAAAAGGCAUUGGGAUAAUUUUCUUAAUGUGAUCUGCAUUUGUCUAAAAGGCCAAUCCCUGUUCCUUUAAAAAUGUUAAAAAUGUUAAAAAUUGUUGUUGUAGGUGGUUAGCAAGAAAAGAGGGUCUUGACCCUACUAUAUUGUCUUGAUCCACUGCUUGGCUAGCUACAAAGCACUAGCUCACUGGUGCUUUAGUGAUGUUUCAGCUUCACUUGCUGGUCUCGAAAUGCUGUCAGCAGGUCUGGCACUCAUAUAGAUUAAUCAGAUGACUGUACUUGCACGUCUCCCAUAUUCUCCCAAGUUGAUAAAGAGCAUCUGUUAAGUGAGUGGUUGUAAUGCUUUGUAGCUCUAGUUUCAGACUGAAUUUAAUAAGAGAAAUAACACUGCUCUGGUCUUGCAAAACAAUGACAAAACAGUCAUUUCAGUGGGUUGAAUGCCAGAGGACUCUUUAGGUGUGUUCCACACAGAACCAUGGUUAGAAUUACGGAUUCUUAUAAAUAGAGUGGUUAACAGACUCUGUCUAAGAGGGCUCAGUGUCAUAUGAUAUUUGUGACCUUCAUGGUGAGUUAUGUGCGUGUGUGAAUGUGUGUGAGUAUAUGUGUGUGUACGUGUGUGUGUGUGAGUGCAUGUGAGUGCAUGUGUGUGUGUAUGGGCAUGCAUAUUUUCACAAACAGCAAUUCCAGUAUCAGUCUACCAUAUGGACUAUAUCCUGCACAAUCAAAUCAUGCUGUAUCAGUUCUAUCGACAUACCAAUUCUACUUCUAUCACAACCACCACUUGGCCUCCUCGUGGUAGUUUUAGUGGUGUUCCUGUUAUUUAUAAAAGCCAGACUACAGUCGUGACUUGUUUUUAUUGACACAUAAUUAACGCAACACAAUCAGAUUAAUUUUAGAUAUUCAUGCCUGAGUGAUCUCAUUAUAUCGUUACUGUUUCCAGCCUUUAGUAAAGUCUCAGAGAAAAUCAGAUAAUUGACGCAUCUGCACGGUCCUGAUAUCCGUCUGGUAGAUGCCAGAGACUUACUCUGUGAGGGAAAUGCCUCUGAACCGCUCCUGAGGGGCUCACUUCAGCAGGCACCAGCACAGCCACGCUACCUCCUGCCGGAACUUCCACCUGGGCUCACAGGCGCCGAUGUCCGCCGACUUUCCCCUGCCCCACCCGGGCCCGCCCCAGCCCCAGCCGGGCGUGGCCGCCCCCCACCUGGCCCCCGCCCACCAGCACGCCCCACAGCUCCACCAGGCCCUCCCGCCCCUGCCGGGCCCCCAGUUCCAGGAGGUCCCGGGGGCCCCGUUUCUGACUCAGGCUCUACACCAGCAGUACCUCAUCCAGCAGCAGCUCCUGGAGGCUCAGCACCGGCGCAUUCUCCCCCACUCCCGGCGUGGCCAGGAGCGAGUGCCCCUCCACCCGCACCGGCUGCGCGCCGGGUACGACUACAUCCCCUCGCUGCACCUCCCCCAGCCAAUCACACAGCAGCCCCGCUACUUGGCAGAAGGCACUGAUUGGGACCUCAGCGUGGACACGAGCCUCUCUCACCAUCAGUAUCACCUCCGACAGCUCCCGCAGCACUAUCAGCAUUACCUGGCAUCUCCCAGGAUGCAUCACUUCCCUAGGAACACGUCGUCCGCGCAGGUGGUUGUCCAUGAAAUCAGAAACUACCCCUACCCUCAGCUGCACCUUCUGGCACUGCAGAGUCUCAAUCCUUCACGCCAUGCAACAGCCGUUCGGGAGAGCUACGAGGAGCUGCUUCAGCUGGAGGACAGGCUUGGCAGCGUGAAUCGAGGAGCCGUGCAGACCACCAUCGAGAGGUACACAUUCCCUCACAAGUACAAGAAGAGAAAACCGGCGGACUUGAAGAUAUCGAUGGACGAAGAGGAGUCGGACAUCGAUGAGAAAUGCACAAUAUGCCUGUCGAUGCUGGAGGACGGAGAGGACGUGAGGAGGUUACCAUGCAUGCACCUCUUCCACCAGGCCUGUGUGGACCAAUGGCUGGCCACCAGCAGGAAGUGCCCCAUCUGCCGGGUGGACAUCGAGACCCAGCUGACGCCGGACAGCUGAUGCCCCGCGGUAGCCCUGGACUUUGGUCCCGCCGUUCCUCCUCACCCCCGCCCCCUCCCGCCACCCUCCUCCUCCUCCCUGGGGCCCCUCGAGCCCUUCGCCGAAUGUCUCCUGUCUUCGACCGCUUCCAACCCCGCCACCCGGGCCGCCCCGAAGACGACCGGAGGAGAAGAAGCGACGGGCAAAAGAAAAGAGGAAAAAAAAAGAAAAGCACACUCACGGAAGAACAGCAGAGAGAAGCAGGGAAGAAGAGGGAAUAAGAGGGCUUCGUGAUGGACUGAGAGAGGAUCGGAUUCUCGGUCGCCAUCGCAAAGGGUGGGGGAUGUCGUGAAAGAGGUGGGGGCCGGUUUUCCCCCCAGAUGUGGUGGUGGUGGGGGGGUGGGGUGCGGUGCUGUGCUUCACAGUCUUUUAAUGAUAGGGGCAAUGAACAAAUACUGCACAGCAUGCUGUCCUUAGUGCUGGAUAUGUAGAAAAAAAAGCCUGUUUUAGAGAGAGAGCACUAGCCUGAUGCCGUGUUUGUGUCUGUGGUGGUACGUAUAGCCCCCUGGGUUUUCAUUUUAAGACAUUUUCAAGUGUUUGGUCUGAUCAGUGAGAGAGGUUAUUCAAAUCUAUACGAUCAUAUGUUUUGGGAUUAUGAGAUGUUAUUCUUUCCUGGAAAAGUCUUUGUGCUUUAUCGGAAAAAAAGAGUAGAACGAGCUUGAGAUUGGUGGCAGGGGGUCACGCAUUAGUAUAACGUGGUUUACAAGGUGAUCGCUCAAUCCAAAAGCCAAAUGCCUCUCCUAUGCCAUAAAACAUAGGUCUCUCUGCUGAUUGCGCAUAGUCACCAGUGGAGGAGUGGCUAGUUUGUGACUGUACAUGUCCUUGGUGAACGCAUGGCCAUCCAAGCUUGUACAAAUAAGUCUCUAGUUCUUGUGCCCCCCCCUGCCCCCUUCAUAUAGUAGCCACUUCAGAAGCUUUCCUUCAGUGUUAGCCUGGGCUGUUUCUUGAGUUUGAGAAGAAGAGGGGUUUUGUACACGCAUGUGGUAGCUGUCAGAGAAUUGUGGCUUCUUUUUACGCACUAACAAACGACAUGAGAAAUUCCACCCCAGCUGGGUGGCUAGACCUGACAUGAAGAAAUAUCUUCAUCCUGUUCUUUCACUGGUCACAGGUGGAACCCCCUUUGUAACAUUAACCUUACUGCCUAAAAAAAAAACAAAAAAAAACAAGCACAUGUGAUCUUUUUUAAUGACUGUUUCAAUAUCAGCAGCCAGUGUUUGCAGAGAAUAAGCAAACGUGUUUCUCGUGUUUUUUUUCGGUGUAUUGGACCGCCCGUGUGGUUGCUAGCCUGUGUUGCCAUAACGAUGAAGACCGCGCUGUGACGGUGGCAGUAUUUUCCGUGUGACGCGCACGAACGGUUCGUGGUGCUUUUUCAGCCGCUGGAACGUGAGGGGGGGGAAAAAAGCCAUCUGUUUGAGAAAACCAAACAACAUCCCUUGUCUGUCAGACUCACUGCUAGCUAAUGUAGCUGUAGGACAUUUAUCUUCAUGUUUUCUAUCCGUCUGCCUGUUUGUCUGAAUGUCUCAAUUAAAACUGGACAUUGGACAGGUCCGUGUCCAUUUUAACUCAAUUUUAAGAGCUGCAAAGCUGCUGUUCUAUUUAUUGCUUUAUUUUCCUUUUUUUGUAAUGCACUAUAAUCUUAAGUUGCCUCAAAUUGAUUUUGAUCCAGAGAGUAUUUUCCUGUAACUGCUUGUGCAAUUGCACCCAGUGGUUUAUCUUAACUGUAUAUUCAGCCCAGUGCAUUCUGGGAAAACCAGUGUGCUUUAUGGUUCUUUGUUACUGCUGCAUCGUUUUCCUCAUCCCAGAAAUAUAUAUGAGAAAGGCUAGGGCUGAUUGGGCCUCAUUCACAAAACUUUACUGAAAUUAUCCUUACCUACAAAAAAUGUUUUGUUCCUACAAAAAAACAAACAUGAGAUUCAUGACACUUGUGCAGACCUUUGUUUUUGUGCGUAUCCCAGGUGUAUGAGAUGAUGAAUGCUGGCUGUUUGUAAAUUUUAUGCGCAAUCCUGUUUAUGUGAUUUGCAUAAGGAAACACAGUUUUGCGGUCGUUUUGUGAAUGAGGCCCAUUGUCUCUUUUUACAGUAUCAAAAACCUUGUUCGCUGAGAGUUUCCUUUCAGCCUAGUGUGAAAAAAACAAACUACCAACUUCUUUUCUUCAAGGGAAAAUUUAAACUAUAUUUAAUGGACUGUAUUAUUGCAGACCAUGAAUAUUUCAUUAGGACUGUUCAAUUAUUUUAAAAAGCCAUUGCAUUAAUGCAGCAGUUCUGUGUUAAAUAGGCCAGAUAUCGGUAUACUAUCAAAAAAAGUGACAUUCUUUGUCCUUAUACUUGAAACAAGAAGUCUGGCUGGUUAGUUGAGUUGAGCUGUUCCUUUUUGGAUUGGCCAUCUCCCCAAAUUAAUUGGGAGAGUGUGUUGUCUAAACUUGCCAUCCAUUCAAAGCAGCAUUUCUAAGAUCAUUUCCCAACUCUUCAGUGACACAAAGGGUACUGUACCUGUUUUUGACAGAGCUCCUGUGGGGAGUAAUGAACAUUGACAUAGUAAGCAGAGUCUUGUGAGUUGAAAAUGCCUUAAAUAUUACACAAUCAUAACUUAUUACUAACUGUAAAUAUUUGGGCAUGAAUUUAUUUUUUUAUAGUUUUGCUAUUUUUAUCAUUUAAUUUAAUUAGCUGUAACACAAGGUAUCAGCAAAGUAUUUUUAAAAAGACCUUGCAUUGCUUAAUUGAAAUGCUUUGCAUGCAGUUUGUAUUAAAAAAAAAAAAAUUUAAAAAGCUAAAAUAUUUUAUUUGACCUAAGCAGGGUAUGUUUAGUAGUUUAUUUAUGUGGUGCUGUUAAUAUUAGUUACAUUCCAUUAAAUGUAAUUCCUCUUAUUCCCUAUGCUGUGAUCUUGUGGACAGGCUGCAAUAGAAUGGGAACAGUUUUAGUGCGGUUUGAGUCCGAUUUUUGCACUCUUUCGUUGAACAUAAAGCAAACCAUUUGCUGGCAUGAGCUCGGUUGCUUUCUCAGCAUCUACAUCUACACGUCCUGUCCCACGUGCUUGUGUCUGUAUGCCAUUUCAUUAACACCACCUUAUGCAUUUCAUCCAUGGCUUCUGACAUUGCACCACCGGACAAGACUAACUACAAGUGCCUCAACUUCAGUGGCAACAAGUGAUUCAUAUACUGUAUAGAGCUUACAACAGUCAUAUUUCUGAAUAGGCGUUCUUUUGAAAAUCCUUACUCUAUGAAAAAAGUUCUAAAAGGUUCAGGGACAAAUGAUAAAGGUUUUUGUGCCAGGAUUUUUAAGGACAUUACCCGGGAACAUUUUUUUUUAAAUUUACAAAACAAGUGAUCAAUUGUGGACACAUUUUAAUCGGUCUUAAUUUAAUUAGUGUGCAGUUCACCCUACCUAAUCUAUUUAUGUGUCCAGGAGUUUUGACUCCUUAUCUACCACAAUAAUAAUGCUAUAAUAAUAUUACAGCACACCUCUUAGUCCAAGAGGAGUGCCAUGUAAUCAUAGAAGCUGGGUUUAAUUGAUCCCUUUAUUUAUCUCCCAAAAUGUUUAAUUUACCUUUGAUUUAUAAAGCCCCAGUUUGUUUAAAAAAUAUUUAAUUCCCUAUAACAUAUUAAUCUUUAAAAUAUGUUUUUUCCUGAUUUAUUACAAAUUGUUUGUUCCCAAGAAGGAUCAUUACAAUCAUUUUCCCAUAGACCUGUGGGAACCAAACAUAACAUUAAAAAAAAAAAAAACACGGUAACUGAGUUGGCAGAAUGGUGUCCUAUAUAGAGACAUUCUGAAUCACAGCUUGACUUCUCCCUGCACCCAAAGGAUGCUGGGAAAUCUUUCACAAGCGCUCCACUGAAACAUACGACUGCAUACGUCAUUGUACAAACCCAGUAGCCUACCAACAGUAUCUUAAAAGCACAAGCUAUUUAGGUGUAUGUCGUUCUCAGGUUUUAAUAUAUACGUGAUAAAAAUAGAUGCGUUAAAAUCGUCGCAGAUAUACCUUGAAUAUUACAGAUUGUUUAUUUGCUGCUGUUGAAUGAUGCUGAAAAUGGCUCCAUAGUCUGCCAGUAAAAGGAAUGCUGUCCCCCCAUUCUCUUCUUCGUAUGAGAUUCUGCUCUUUGCUGUUAACGCGCAAUGUUUUACCUUAUGGCAUAUUUUACAAAUAAAAGUAGGAAUUUGUAUCAUUAAUAUGAAAGCAAUAGCUCAUUAAUGAUGACGGUUACGAUGAUGCGGAAUACCUAGAGAAAUCUAAAAAAAAAUGUGUGGAAAUCUUAGAUUCACAUUUGGUGGAUUUUGUACUGUAUUUAUAUCAAAUGAGAACGAUUUAAACGAGAAACUGCAUCGCUAAACCCAAACUGUUCUGUUCUUUUUUUAAUUUUAAGGCUUGUAAAUGAUUCUUUUGUAUGUGGUUUUCAAAUAAAUUGUCUGAAACAAGCAAA